AUGCUGAUCAUCGUUAGUCCAACGCAGUGGUCAGACCCCAUUAGCCUGAUUCUUUCCUCGCAAAAUUCACUUGUGCCUUCGAAUUCCCAUCCAGGUAGAGAUAAUGCUACACCAGAUCGGAACAGCCCCAACUCAGGCCCAUAUCUCGUAACCCCAGCCCGGCAAACAGGGAAUCCACCUCAACAUCAACGAGGUGUCUCCAACCCUUUUAGUGUCCUCUAUGACCCUCAAUCGGUUCCUUCGCUCAAUGUGACUCCAGAUUCAGGGGAGUAUAAGUCUUUGAGCUACCUUCAUAUUGAAAAGGAGCUUCAAGCUGGACGGUCGCCGGCUAAGGCUAGUCCAGGCAAACUGAUCCCAACUGUAACUUUGAUUGACGACUCCGAGUUGAAUCGGGCUGGAUCUGUCAUCUCAAGAAAUCUGUCCACUAUGAGGCACAGAACCAUCAGGCGCCGAAAUAAGAUGAUGAAAAGGGAUAGGCACAAUCCCAGCCUGGAAUCAGUGUUUUCGUCAAGCUCUAACAAAGAAAAAGUCCCAAAAUUCAAACCAAAAGGCUCCAAAUUCAGUUUUCUAUUCCCAAUUAAAAGAAGAACGUCCUUUAAGUACACACCGAUUUCCAAACAGCACCGACGCUUCGAUUCACAGAAAGAGAUAGAUGACUUUUUCUCUCUUGACAAUAUUUUUGCUGUUGUGCGGGAAAUGCUACCUAGGACAAUGCUUACAUUCAAGUACAAGAAGAUCGCCAAAGUCAUUCCGGAGUUGCACUCACGGCCCGAGUAUUUUGAGAUAUCGAAGAACAAUAGUUUCACCAGAAUAGUGCAUCCCGAAAUUUACUCUACUGCGGCUCCACUUCAUGCCACAAAAAUCUCUCUGGCUUCAGAAAAAAGCAUAAAGCAGAGGAUCCCACCAGCAAAGAGAGCAUCUGUUUCCUCUACAAGACGUCAACUCUUCCUCAACACAGUCUAUAAAGAAUAUCGGGAGAAAGUUUUUGCAGGCAAAUACAAAGUACCACCGAGAUUCGAACUUCUCUUACCCUUCGAAGCUGGUGUCAUGAAGCCGGAAGAAAGAGAAGACAUGGACACGAAGCUUCUUCUAGAAAUAUUAUUAAGGAGAACAACAGCUGCAAAGUUAGAGUACCGGCUCCGCCAAAAUGGCUUUCUCAACCGGAGUUCUACUUCUUCAAAUAACACCAGUGAUAAUGCCCUGUCAAGCUCUUCGGAAAGCGAUCCGUUUGGCCCCAAGAAAGAUAAAAGGAACAAAUCUGGACGCUGGGGAGCAAGUGACCUGCCUUCUUACUCGGAGCCACACAGCGCAUCAUCAGUCUAUUCCAAGCCGCUUCCUUCGCCUCAAAUUAGUUCUACUUCUCGAUUUGGCAAAUCCCCUAAGACAUCACGACAUCACAUCAAUGAUGUCUCAUCAGAAAUUAAAAAGGAUUCAGAAAGUUCCAUUAGCCCUUUACACAUCAUUGGCAAAGACGCUGAAAACACACCGAAAUCUCGUUUCACUUCAUCUUCUAGAUAUUCUUCAGGCUCGUCCAAACAGCAGCUCACAUUCCCAACUCUCGGAAUAAGGUUUGACCGGUUCAUGUUUCUGUCGGAGUUGUCGGAGGCAAACAGCUUAUCGAACAUGAAUAUGUAUUCGUUACAGCCGAUGAACAGAUCUGUUGUCACGGUUUCUUCAGCGCUGACUGUUGAUUCUGUACUAAGAAAUAAGACGGAUAAAGAAGACCAUAAAGACCCUUCUCUGCCCCAUAGACCGGCGGAGGAUAUAAGAGCAUCGAACUCUACAACAAAUACCUCACUCUUUCAAAGUUUGGAUGACUUGAAUAAAAGCGUGGCUCAGUACCUUAGAGGAGAAGAAUUUGAAAGCCCUGAUGCCACGAUAUAA